AUGCGACCGCCCAAAUUACAGAAAAUCCGGGAGGCAUUUAUGGGGACGAGCUCAAUGUCUAAAACAGAGAGGAAGCUGUUAUUGAAGAUAGAUUGGUUCAUCUUGUCGUAUUGCUGUCUCAUGUAUUUCACGAAUUACCUUGACAGGUCCAAUGUAUCCAACGCCUACGUCUCCGGAAUGAAAGAAGAGCUCAACAUGGUCGGAACGCAGUUCAACCAAAUUAAUACCAUCUUCACCUGCGGCUACAUAGUCGGAAUGAUACCGAAUAAUCUGAUGCUGCAAAUUGUCCCGCCGCGGAUAUGGCUGCCCUCCAUGCAAAUUCUAUGGGGUGUCUUGACCUUCUGCUCGAGUGCAGUGCACAACGUACACCAAAUUUAUGGCAUUCGGUUUCUCCAAGGGAUGGCGGAGUCAUCGACAUUUGUCGGCACACACUACAUUCUCGGCUCUUGGUACAAGCCUAGUGAACUCGGGAAGCGAUCUGCAAUAUUCACGAGCAGUGGGCUCGUGGGCACACUUUUUUCGGGUGUUCUGCAAGCUGCUGUAUACCGACAUCUGAAUGGCAAUGCAGGCCGGAGUGGCUGGCGAUGGCUGUUCAUCGUCGACGGCGCCAUCACACUUCCUAUUGCGCUGUAUGGGUUCCUCAUCUUCCCAGAUGUCCCAGCCACUACGAAGGCUUUUUAUCUCUCCGAAGAGGAACGCUUGCUCUCGUCCGACCGCCUUGACUCAGACACGGUACAUCGCCCGCUGUCGUGGAACAUAUUCCGACGCGUGCUGAGCCGGUGGAGAUGGUAUGCCUGUAGCCUGCUUUUUAUGAUAUCGGGAGAGACAGAAAGCUUCGGCUCGAACAACCUCAUGGGCCAAUGGCUCAAAGCCAUCGGCGGGUACACCGUCGAGCAGAUCGACUACUACCCGUCAGGCGUAACGGCCUUUGGCAUCGCCUCGACGCUCGUAUGUGCGACGUGGACAGAUCGCACGCAAGCCCGUUGGCCUGUCCUGGUGUACAUGUCUAUAGCAUGUACGAUCGCGGCCAUAUGCAUCCUCGUAUGGAGCAGCCCCACGGGGCUCAAGUUCUUCGCAUACUAUAUCGCGGGGGCGUCAUAUGCGGGACAGGCGACGACGUUCGCCUGGGCGAACCAGAUUUGUGCCGACGACGACCAGGAGCGUGCCAUCGUCCUCGCAUCUAUGAACAUGUGGAACAACGUGAUCAACGCCUGGUGGCCGCUUGUCCUCUACCCCGCAACCGACGCGCCACGUUUCCGCAAGGGGAUGAUCGCGAUGAUUGCGGUGUGCGCUGCGACGCUGGCCGCGACGUUGCUCGUGUGGUAUCUCGAGCGGCGUGAGUGGCGCACGAAGACGAGGGCUCUGGGGAAUCAGACAGAGGAAGUGCCAGAGCACGGUGAAGACACGGAGAAGGUCAAGGAAGCAGUAGAAGAGCAGUGAUUGGAGUGGACCUUGUGCGAUCCAAUCUUCCUGCAAAUCACGAUGCCUUAUGCGCAUCAACCUGG